CACAUCUGGACAUCGUUUAGGCAGAAGGAAGUGAGAGUGAACGCAGAAAUAUUCCUUCUCGCAGCAGCUGUCAUUAGGAAAGAGGGACUCCGAUGGUUUUUCACACCCGAGCUCAGCGAUGGCUCUUCCGCUGCUUCUAACCAUUCUUGUUCUUGGUGUACUGCCAGGUUCCCACUGCACAGUGACCACUGUAGGAGAUCUGGCUGUGCUGGAGGGUCAGUCCGUCACUGUCCCAUGUCACUACAACCCGCAGUACAUCAGCCACGUGAAGUAUUGGUGCCAAGGCAGGAUGAUAGACUUCUGCUCCAGCCUGGCGCGCACUGAUGACCCCGAAUCAACCCCUCAAAGCAAGGGAAGGGUGACGAUCGCUGAUGACCCCACUCAGCAUGUGUUUACCGUGAGCAUGCAGAACCUGACGGUGGGGGAUUCGGGGUGGUACUGGUGUGGGGUGGAGCUCGGAGGGAUAUGGGUUGCUGACAGCACUGCCUCCCUUUAUAUCAGUGUCAUUCAAGGAAUGUCAGUGGUGAGCAGUAUGGUGAGUGCAGAUGAAGGAAGCAGCGUCACUGUUCAGUGUCGCUACAGUAUGAACCUCAGGUCCAGUGAGAAGCGGUGGUGUCGCAGUGGGAACUGGAACUCCUGCGUGUCGACGGAUUCUGAAGGAAUGUUCAACAGUAGAAACGUGCUCAUCCAUGAUGACAAGAACAGCUUGUUCACUGUGACACUCAUGCAGCUGGAGAUGAGAGACUCGGGCUGGUACUGGUGUGGAGCCGGUCAGCAGCAUGUGGCGGUUCAUGUGUCAGUCACACCACAAGCCACAACAGUGGUCACAGCGUCUUCUGUCCAGAAUCUGAAGACAACAAUCAUGACUUCAUCUGUAAUGAGCUCAAAUGACCCUCACAGUCGACCUGUUUGGGAGUCUCCUCUCGUGGUGUGUGGGGUCGUACUGCUGGUCAUGACUGCGUUUCUGGCAGUUUGGAAGUUGCGGAAACAGUGUAAGAAAAAGCAGAAACAUCAAAGGACAAAUGAAAUGAACGAUAAUCUCACAAUGUGUCCAUGGAGAGAAGGAGACUAUAAGAACACCUCAGUGAUUUUCCUGAACACUCCAGCUCAGCAGCUCCAAAUGCUCUAACAGAGGAGCCUCGUGAUGGGAAACACCAAACUCAUGGACAUUCUGAUGAUGAAGGAGAAUUUAAAGUCAACUGAUGGACACUAUGACUCUUUAAGUCUUUUUAACAAGUCAAUAAAAGGCCUGCAGAAUGGAGAAACUGCAGACUGGGUGUCACAGACACGCCAGGCUCCAACAUCCACCAAUCACAGCGCACAGCUUCCCCUGAGUACUGAUCACCGCCACCUGCACCUCAUCAGCUCACUCAUCACCAGCACUAUUUAAGACACUCACACACACAGUCACAUUGUCCGGUCUCGUUCGCAUCUAAGGACUUACCUGUAUGCUUACCUCAAGGACUCUCCUCACUACUUACCUGUUCCCUUGUCUCCGAGUUCCCUCCUUCGUAUCCAGUCUGUGUGUGAAGUGUUGUCUGCAGUCAUCGUCUCCAGUCAGCAAGUAUCAUUCUCCAUUGGCACUCUGCAACCACAAAGGACAGUAUCAUUGUCUAUACCAUUCACCAGUCACGAACUUGCUUCUGUGUACUCACCUGUUGUCACCAUCUACUCUGCUUGUGUUCAAUAAACAACCUGUUAACUAAUCUCCUGUCUCCUGGCUGGUCCUACUGUAACACUGGGGUAAUAUUUGACAUUUGUUUCACAAUUAACAGUUAAAUGGAAUAUAAUCUUUCAUUUCAAUGCAUUUUUCAUGUUAUGUAUUUCACGUUUAUCUGUCUGUAAGUAAAGGUGGAUUCACGUCAUGUCAGAAUUAUGGAAAUUAUGAGAUUCCGACUUGUAAUAAGUGUAGAAUUCAUAAUUACAACUUGUAAACUCAGAAUUUUCACCACAUGUCCGCUGUACCACCUGACUGCUGCAGAUUCAUUUUAGUGUUGAUAGUGUUGCCAUGGAAAAGCAUAUUUCUGAGUCCGAGAACAGCUUUGAGUAGAACGUCACGGAUUGUUAUCUAGUAAUUAUAAUUACGACAUGGCGUGGACGCAGCAUUUGUACAAGCCUUGUUAUGAGUGAGUCGUGUAGUGUGGAUGUGUUCUUACCAAUAAACAGCAUUUAUUAAACACAGUGAAGAAAA